UGUAUUGGCGCAAGCGGUUUAUUAUUAUAGCUGCUGCUGCUGCUGCUGCUGCUGGUAGGAUUCCUCCACGGUAGAUUCGUUCCAUCCAAAGCUCUUCUUUUUCUUUUCUUCGUCUCGCUAGUUUCCAUCGAGCUCGUGUCUCGUGGUUUUUUUGGUCGAGGGGGCUUUCCUCCGCCUCGCCAUGGACCAGGCGGGUGCGCCGUGGUGCGACCAUCGCCGAGGGUACGGCGGCGUUGGGCCGGCGGUGCAGGCGCCGGUGCCGCGAUCUGAUGGCGUGGGUGGCGCAGGUGGCGUGCUGAAGAGGAGCCUUGGGGAGAUGGAGAGGUGGCAGCAGCAGCGGCAGGUCGCGGCGCAGCAGGCGAUGUACCUUCGCUCGGUGAGGCAGCGCACCGGCGCGCUGCAGCCGAUGGAUUACGGCGCCGUGCUCGGCGGGGUCGCCUCGCCGGCCUAUGGCAUUUCUGGCCUGUCGUCUGGUUUUGGCGGCAUCUCGCCGCAGCCCUCGUCGACGGCGCUGUCGUCGCUCACCACCGCGUCGCGCACGGUGGUGCCGGUGAUGCAGAUGCAGCAGCUUCAGCGGCAGAUGGUGGCCGUGCCGGCCGCGCAUAGCCCAGCGGUGGCAAGAGGGCCCGCUGCUAGGCCGGCAACGGCGACCGAGUUGGUCUUGUUGCAGGAGCUGGAGAAGCAGCUGCUGGGCGACGAUGAGGAGGAGGCGGCCGACGCGGCAGGAAGCGGUUGCGGCUCUAGUAUCACAAGCUCCGACUGGGGCAACACGAUACAGACGCUUAACUCCAUCACCGCCGCGUCGUCACCAUCGCCUCCGCUGCCGACCGCGGUAAACAACACCGCGCUCUUGGCGCGGUCACCGACGAACUCCUCGUCGUCCACAGCUUCAUCGUCGGCGUCCAGCUCGCCGCCGAUCUCAACGGCCUCUUCGCGGCACCUUCUUUCCGAGGCAGCCGCCGCCAUCGCCGAUGGCAACUACUCAACGGCAGCCUCUCACCUGUCCGUGCUGAAGCUUGCCGCUAACCCGCGCGGCGACGCGGAGCAGAGGCUGGUGACGAUGAUGGUGGCCGCCCUAUCCUCCCGCGUUGGCACAGCCCCGUCGGGCCAGUCUCAACAUCGCGCAGACCUCUACAGCGGUGAGCACCGCGCGGCGUGCCAACUGCUCCAAGACGUCUCGCCAUGCUUCGGCCUCGCACUCCACGGGGCCAACCUCGCCAUCCUCGACGCGGUGGCGGGCCACCGUGCCAUCCACCUCGUCGACUUCGACGUCAGCGCCGCGCAGCACGUCCCCCUAAUCAAGGCCCUCGCCGAUCGGCGUGUGCCCUCCACUUCCCUCAAAGUCACCGUCGUGGCGGACCCCGCCUCGCCAUUCAAGCCGGCGAUGACACAGGCGCUCGCGGCCACAAGCGAGCGCCUCGGGAAGCUCGCGCAGCAAGCGGGGAUAGACUUCCGCUUCAGAGCAGUCAGCUGCCGAGCAGCUGAGAUCGAGGCAUCCAAGCUAGGGUGCGAGCCAGGAGAGGCGCUGGCCGUGAACCUCGCCUUCACCCUGUCGCGCGUGCCCGACGAGAGCGUGUCGCCGGUAAACCCGCGCGACGAGCUCCUCCGGCGCGUGCGCGCGCUGGGACCGCGGGUCGUGACCCUGGUGGAGCAGGAGCUGAACACGAACACGGCGCCGCUGCCGGCGCGCCUCUCCGACGCGUGCGCGCACUACGGCGCCGUGAUGGAGUCGCUGGACGCGACCCUGGGCCGGGACAGCGUGGACAGGGCGCGGGCCGAGGCGGCCCUGGCCAACAAGGUGGCCAACGCGGUGGGCCGGGAGGGCCCGGACCGGGUGGAGCGGUGCGAGGUGUUCGGCAAGUGGCGCGCCCGGUUCGGCAUGGCGGGGUUCCGCGCCCUGCCGAUCGGCGACGGCAUCGCCGGCCGCGUCAAGGCUCGGCUCGGCCCCGCCCUGCCGGCGUUCGACGUCAAGCUCGACAAUGGCCGGCUCGGGGUUGGCUGGAUGGGCCGCGUUGUCACCGUCGCAUCCGCCUGGCGUUAAUCCAUUAUCCAUCCGGUGAGCCCGCCCGCACGCAGCAUAAUUGCCGUAAUCAAAUUGAUUGAUGCGCUUCCAUUUUUAGCCUCUCUCUCCUUUGGUAAGGAGUAGUGAACCUGUUCAUACCCACCUCAAAAUUACCUUAGCUGUCAUUAGCCUGUUACUUCCAGGUAAUUUCUUGAUAGCUUUAAAGUAAAGUACUGCACUACUGCUAGAGAACUGAUAUGGAGUUUGUGGAGAAAGUAGUUAAUUACAGUCGUUUUGUGCAUUUCAUGUGUCGUGUUCUUGUUGGUGUACUACUAGCAGUAGAAUGUUUCUCUACUCCACUCGCGACCCAGUUGCUUAACGGGCAUUUAACUUUUAUCAUUUUUAGAAAUGACACCUAACAUAUUUGUCACCCGCUCUCGUGUGUCUGUGACAUAUAGGUCUAGCGACAAAUAUGUUAGUGUCAUAUGUAUCUAAGAGUAGCAAAAAGUUAAUUAUUCCUUGAUUAACCGGUGGAAAAUAAUAUGCGUUUGCAUGGGG